AUGUCAUUGACCAACGUUUACCAUGUGCGCCGCGUCGCGGAUACAUCCGCAAAGGCGUGCAUGAUCUGCUACAAGCCAUCAUCCACUGUGAUGAUCACACCGGAUAACAAGGACUUCUUUUAUGUGUGCCCCGCACAUCUUCAAGACCGGCACUUCUGCUCUCCAAUCAUCGACACAGAAGGUCAAGCCAAACGUCUCAAGGAAGAGGCGGUGGCUAAGGAGAUCGAGAUUGUUAAAAAAGAAUACGAAGAAAAGCAGCGUCGAAAGAAAGAGCGCGAGAAGGCCUCUAGCAAGGACGAUAAAGCGGAUAAAGAUAAGAACAAAGACGAAUCUAAAGACAAGGACAAAGCUAGCACCGAAGCAAAGAAAGAUGAUGAAAAAGACCGAGAUGAAAAAAUUGCUUCCAUUCGAAAGGAUAAUGGCACGGAGACAAAACCAGAUGAUUCGCCUCGAAUCUACUCAUUGCAUAAAAACUUCUAUCAGAUGCGCACCGACCGGCUGCGCAAUAUUGAGAUGGCCAAACGGAACCAGGAAAGAUUGAAGAACCCUUCACUGUUCCCCUCUGUUCCAUCAGGAAGCCCUUAA